AUGGGGGCUGCGCCUGUGACCCCCCCGCAGUCCCCAUCAGAAUCGCCACCGCCAUCAAUGCCUUCGCUUCCUCGCUGUUCCCCCGACUCCUGCCCGCCCGCCCCGCACCUCCUCCACAGCAUCCCGCUCCCUGACAACAGGGAAGAUGGUGAGUUGGAAGAAGGUGAACUGGAGGAUGAUGGGGCAGAAGAGACCCAGGAUACCCCUGGAGGCCCUGAGAGGAGCCGGAAAGAAAAAGGGGAGAAGCACCACAGCGAUUCAGACGAGGAAAACUCUCACAGGAAGCUGAAACGGAAGCGGAAGAAAGAGUGGGAGAAAGAGAAGAGAAGAUGGAAAAAGAGCAGGAAAUCUAAGCACAGGAGCCAUGCAUCUUCCAGCGAUGAUUUCCCAGAUGACUCAGAUUACAGCCCCCCGUACAUGCCCUCCCACCAGCAGUACCCCCUGUCACACAGCACGUCCCUGCCCAAGAAGUCCUACUUCACCAAAGAGCUGAACCAGUACCGCUGUGCCAAGGAGGGCAGCAGUCGAGGCCGUGGCAGGGGCUACCGGGGCCGAGUAAGCCGCGGAGGGUCUCGGGGCCGAGGCAGGGGUAGAGGCUCCAUGGGAGACCACUCAGAAGACGAAGAUGACUUUUAUGAAGAUGAGAUGGAUUAUGGAGAAAGUGAGGAACCAAUGGGAGACGAGGAUUAUGACGACUAUUCCAAGGAGCUAAACCAGUACCGCUGGUCCAAAGAUAGCCGAGGACGAGGGUUAAAUCGAGGCCGUGUCCGGGGUUCCCGUGGCCGAGGUCGAGGUGGCAGCCGAGGAGGGAUGAACAAGGGCGGGAUGAACGAUGAUGAAGACUUCUAUGAUGAAGACAUGGGCGAUGGCGGUGGAAGCUACCGGAGCCGUGAGCAUGACAGGCCCCACCAACAGUCUGGCAAGAAAGGCAAAGUCAUCUGCAAAUUCUUCGUGGAGGGGCGGUGCACACGGGGAGACCACUGUAACUUCAGCCAUGACAUCGAGCUACCAAAGAAGCGAGAACUGUGCAAGUUUUACACCACCAGGUGUUGUGCCAAAGCCGAGAACUGCCCCUACAUGCACGGUGAUUUUCCGUGUAAGUUGUACCACACGACUGGGACCUGUAUCAAUGGUGACGACUGCAUGUUUUCACACGACCCUCUGACCAAGGAGACAAGACAGAUCUUGGAUAAGAGGUUGGCUGAGGAUGCAGAAGCAGGCGCCGAGGACGAGAAGGAAGUUGAGGAACUGAAGAAGCAGGGCAUCAACCCCCUGCCCAAACCACCCCCUGGUGUGGGCCUCCUGCCCACCCCGCCUCGGCCCCCUGGCCCCCCUGCCCCAACCUCUCUCAAGGGCAGGCCCAUGCAGGGCGACCCCCCACCACCACCCCCUCCUCCGCCCCCUGGGUCCCCGCAGAUGCCCAUCUCAGUGCAUGAGCGGCUGUCCCCUGAGCAGCUGCAGCAGCAGCAGCAGGACAUGUACAACAAGAAGAUCCCCUCCUUGUUUGAGAUCAUGGUAUGGCCCACAGGACAGUUGGCUGAGAAGCUGGGUGUGAGUUUCCCUGGACCUGGAGGACCCCCUGGGCCAAUGGGCCCUGGGCCCAAUAUGAGGCCCCCGGGGCCAAUGGGGGGCCAAAUGCAUCCCAACAUGCACCCUGAUAUGCACCCCGACAUGCCCCUGGGCCCUGGCACCAACCCUGGCCCACCCAUGGGACCUGGUGGCCCCCCAAUGAUGCCUUAUGGCCCUGGAGACUCCCCACAUUCUGGAAUGAUGCCCCCAUUCCCACCAGCCCAGCACUUCUGUGAAAACUUUUACCAGCAGCAGGAAGGCAUGGAGAUGGAGCCGGGACUCAUGGGGGACUCGGGUGACACUGGAAACUGGUACUCAAGUGACGAGGACGAUGGUGGGAACAGCGUCACCUCCAUCCUUAAGACCCUGAGGCAGCAGAUGUCCAACCAACCCCAGGCUUCUGUCGGGGAGCUGAGCAGCUUUGGGCUUGGGGAUCCCCGCCUCCAGAAGGGACACCCCACAGGAGGCCGGGUGGCUGAUCCCCGCCUCAGCCAGGACCCCAGGCUCACCCGCCAUUCUGAGGCUUCCAGCGGGUCAGGCCCCGGCGACACGGGGCCCUCUGACACUCAGCUGGCUCGCUCCCUGCCUGCCCCUAGGCCUGAAGGCAGCCUUUAUUACAGCCCCGCUGGCCCCAGCGGCUCCAAGGGGUCUGGGCCACCCCCUGCAGAAGAGGAGGAAGGGGAGCGGGCCCUGUGGGAGAAGGCUGUGAACAUUCCCCUGGACCCCCUCCCCGGGCACCCGCUGAGGGACCCGCGGUCGCAGCUGCAGCAGUUCAGCCACAUCAAGAAGGAUGUGACCCUGAGCAAGCCGAGCUUCGCCCGCACCCUGCUGUGGAACCCCGAGGACCUGAUGCCCCUGCCCAUCCCCAAGCAGGAUAUCGUGCCCCCCGUCCCAGCUGCCUUGCAGUCCAUGCCUGCCCUGGACCCCAGGCUGCAUCGGGCCUUCACUGUGGGUCCCUCCAACCCCCGACAGCGCUCAGGCACCUCCACGGACCCCGGCCCAUCCGGCUCCAGCCUGCCUGACUUCGAGCUCCUCUCUCAAAUCCUCAAGACUGUCAGUGCCACUGGCCCCUCUGCUGCCCCCGGUCCCAGCGACAGGCCCAGCGAUCCCCGGGUGUGGAAGACACCCACUGACCCUCGGCUCCAGAAACCAGCAGACUCUGCUGCUUCCUCCCUCGCUGCCAAGCUUGGCUCUGCCAAAGCGCCCUCUCCAGCUGCCAGCGCCAGUGGGGAGUCCUCUCCCCCAGCCACCGCCCCCUAUGACCCCCGAGUACUGGCGGCUGGUGGGCUGGGCCAGGGCAGUGGGAGCUGGCAGAGCCGCGUGCUGAGCGGCAUCAACCUCUAUGACCCCAGGACUCCCAAUGCAGGUGGUAAAGCUGCAGAGCCUGCUGCUGAAAGGGCUGCCCAGCCCAAGGGCUCUGAGGGAAAUGGCAAGAGCUCAGUGGCCAAGGCCAAGGAGCCCCCAUUUGUCCGGAAGUCUGCCCUGGAACAGCCCGAACCAAGGAAGGCCUGUGCAGACGGGGGCUCCACCACAGCUAGGGACAGAUACAACAACUACAACCGGCCCUGGCCCAAGGCUGCUGACACCCCCGCCGCCACCACAGGCACCCCCCCUCCAGAGGGCUCACCACCCCGGCCCGGCGUGCACAGCCUGCCAGUGCCCACACUUUUUGCCAUGAAGCAGGCGCCUAAGUCGGGCCUUGACCAGAGGGCCGCAGCCCGUGGUGCCCAGCAGAGGGAAGGGUUGCUACACCUGUGCUGCAAGACGCUGAGGAUUUCUGAGGUGCCCUUCCAGAGGGUCAGGAGGGUCCUGGAUGGGGUGCAGCUCGACUGCAUCCAGGAGGUGGAAGUGAACUUUACCUGGGACCUGCCCACCCUGGGGAUGUUUGCUCUCUUCCUGGGUUCCCAGGGUUUUCCUUAUGUCCAGUCCGCCUCCAGAGAGCAGUGCUCUGCUUGGCAGCUAAGGAAAGGAAGCUCUGAAGAUGUCAUGAACGUGACCCAGCCUAAAAGGAGACUGGGUGUCCUGGGUGCUGGCCUUCAUCAGAUUGUCAGGACAGCCCUGGGCUUGCAUAAAUCGGUCUUCCUCCACCUGUGGCUGCAGACCCCCUUGGACAAACUCUCCAUAUGGUUUUGCUCACAGCUGACACACUCAGACCUGACACACCUGGUCCAGUGCCCGAACCUCAUGCAGCUGAAGUCCCUGGGUCUGUAUAGCACCAACCUCACUGAUUUUAGUCCCGAGCCCCUUCAAGCUCUGCUGGAGGCAGUGGCACCCAACCUCCAGGAUCUGUGCCUGGAUAACUGUGGGAUGGUGGACUCCCAAGUCGAGGCCAUCCUGCCUGUCCUGAGCUGCUGUCACCAGCUCAGGGGCUUCACCAUCUCUGAGAACCACCUCUCCAUGGCCACCAUGGAUAAGCUGCUGUGCCACACAGCUGGGCUGCACAGUUUAGAGCUCGAAAUGUACCCCAUCCCCCUGGAGUGUUACAGGACCCACCAGACUGUGGACCAGGAGAGAGUUGCCCUGAUUCAGGCUGAGCUCACGGGGACACUGAGGGAGUUAGGACAACCCAGGACCAUCCGUCUUGUCACCAAGUCUAUAGCUCUUGGGAGGUUUAUGACGUGGCAUUUUCAUGACAUGGAGCCUGUGAUGUGCCCCUCUAGUGACCCAGCUCCCCAGGUGCACCUAACAAGGGCUUCCUUCUAG